AUGUCGCCUACUGUUGGUCUAGAAAUCCUUUGCAAUGAAGAUGCCGAUGAACUGAUGCAAUAUUCUCAAAUGUAUGGAUUCUCUUUUAUGGUUCCACAGAUCCUUAAAUUCGGUUCGAUCGCUUUGGAUGAUGCCAGCUAUCCUCCGGCUUCUCUUGUCUAUGAUAAGCUAGUUCUCAAUGGUCCAGAACAUGCGUCGUUUUCUAUCGGAUCUAUUGCUCCAUGGAUGGAUGUUGAAUCUUCUGAUUUGAUGGCUGUCUCGCACUGCCAAACAAUCAUUCGUCAGCAGGUUCAGUGGGCAUCGCACAUUGGAUUGUCUGGAGUCAUAUUUUACUGUCCAACCACUGGACCUAUGAUUAAUUUCUCUCGCUGUCUUAAUGAAGCAAUUGGCAUGCUCAACUAUUCUCAGGUUUUUAUUCGUAUACCCAUAUUCAUUUCUGGAGAUGACAACGAAGGAUGGACUCGAUGGAAUACUGCUCGCAUACUUGGUCGACAUAAUGUCAAGCUUGUUGUUGCACUCGAAAUUGGACAUGAACUUCCAAGUCCAGAAGUGCUUGAAAAAUGGCUGGCUGAACCAAUACGACUUGCUAUUUUACCAACCAAUGCAUUUAUUACCAACAAAGGAGGAUUUCCUGUACUAAGCAAGCGCCAUCAGUCAUUUAUUCAGAAAUUAAUGGAGACGGAUUGCAAAUUUGUGAUUUCUUCACCUUCAAAUGACUCUUUACACAAAGCUGGUACACUUUCACUGUAUCGCGAGUAUAUCGAGUUUUUGAAUCGAAAUUUGCCUGCUGGCGAUGUUAUCAACCAAUUUUCUGCCGGAUACCACGACUAUCUCCAAGCUCCUUUGCAGCCUCUGAUGGAAAACCUUGAAUCUGCUACUUACGAGGUAUUCGAAAAAGAUCCCAUCAAAUAUCAGCAAUAUGAAAUGGCUGUAUACAGGGCACUGAUUGAUCGGGUACCUGAAAAUUCUGACAUUAUCUCUACAAUUAUGGUUGUUGGCGCAGGUCGAGGUCCACUGGUUGAUCGAUCUUUAAAAGCAGCUGCCGAUGCUGGACGUAAAGUCAAACUCUAUGCGGUGGAAAAGAAUGCAAAUGCUGUUGUUGGACUUCGCGCACGUAAAGCUGCUGUAUGGGGGGAUGCAGUUACUGUUGUGCAUAUUGAUAUGCGCUACUGGAACCCCGAAGACAAGGCUGAUAUUCUUGUCAGCGAAUUGCUUGGAUCUUUUGGGGAUAAUGAAUUGUCUCCCGAGUGCUUAGAUGGGGCUCAAAGAUUGAUCAAGGAUGGUGGCAUUUCCAUUCCAUCUCAGUACGUGUCCUACAUUGCACCGCUGUCUUCUUCUAAACUUUUUACAGAGGCAGCUUCAUUCAAUGACGAAGAGCAUAUGGAGACACCCUAUGUGGUCAAAUUCAGAUCAGUUUAUGAGAUUGCAGAAUCUGUUCCGUUGUGGAAAUUUGAUCAUCCUACGCCGUGCAAUAUGCGUCCAAUUGGUCAUCCACAGUUUAAUCUCCAUAAUUCACGCUAUGGCUCGGCUUCAUUUGAUAUAUCACAAGAUACAAUGAUGCAUGGUAUUGCUGGAUACUUUGAAUCUACCUUGUACAAGGAUGUGAUGAUUAGCAUCCGUCCAAAAACUCACUCAGAUGGCAUGUUUUCUUGGUUCCCUCUAUUUUUCCCCAUCAAGAUUCCCAUUUUCCUACCAAAGGGAUCGAGUGUGGAAUUGCACUUUUGGCGACUAUCGAAUACUCAUAAAGUGUGGUACGAAUGGUGUGUUAUACCAUGCAUUAAUGGCACACCAGUUAUGGGUGAAGCAUCCAUGAUUCACAACGUGGGCGGUAAAUCAUUCUGGAUUGGACUUUGA